AUCCCCAGGGACAGCUGCCCGCCUGGCUUGGGCCAGGGGGUAGGGGCAGCCCCCAUCUUGCUGCCCCUGCUUCCCUGAGCCCCUGGCUCCUAGACCCCUGGCAGCCUGCUCUCCCCAGCUGUGACUAACCAGAACCCAGCUGGCGCCUUCCUGUGCAGGUGCUGUGCAUUCCCCCACCUCAUAGAUGCAUAGACACGAGGGCUGGAAGGGACCUUGGAAGAUAAUCGAGUCCAGCCCCCUGCCCCAGGGGCAGGAAGUCAGCAGGGGUCAUAGGAUCCCAGCAAGAUAAAUAUCCAAAUUUCUCUUGAAGGCGUUCAAAGUAGGUGCUUGAACCACCUCCGGUGACAGUCUAUUCCAGACCUUGGGGGCUCGGACAGUAAAGAAGUUCUUCCUUAUGUCCAACCUAAAACAGUCAUGAAGGAGUUUGUGACUGUUUGACCUUGUCAUCCCUUAGGGGUGCUCUGGUGAACAGACGUUCUUCCAGGUCCUGGUGAGCACCCCUGAUAAACUUAUAGGCAGCCACCAGAUCACUCCUGAGCCUGCGCUUUUCCAGGUUGAAGAGUCCCAUGGCUCUCAGCCUCUCACUAUAAGGUCUGUUUUCCUGACCUCUGAUCGUGCGCGUGGCUCUUCUCUGGACUGUCUCAAGCUUUUCCACAUCCUUUUUGAAUUGUGGAGCCCAAAACUGGACACAGUACUCCAGCUGCGGCCUCACCAAGGCCGAGUACAACGGGAGAAUGGUUUCCUGGGAUUGGCUCAAAAAGCAUCUAUGGAUGCAAGCCAGUGUUUUGGUUGCUUUACUAGCUGCAGCAUCACACUGAAGGCUCAUGUUCAUCUUGUGGUCAAUCAUGACCCCCAAGUCCCUUUUGUCCAUAGUGCUAGCCAGUGUAGCACUGCUGAGCCUGUAAGGAUGCUUCAGGUUUUUCUUCCCAAGGUGGAGAACCUUGCACUUUUCAGUGUUAAACACCAUCAGGUUCUCGUCUGCCCAUUUCAUGAGCCUGUCAAGGUCAGCCUAGAUCACCCUCCUGUCCUCAGGUGUGGAUGCUUUACCCCAAAGUUUGGCGUCAUCAGCUAACUAGGCCAGUCCACUUGCGAUACCAAUGUCCACAUCAUUAAUGAUGUUGAAUAGUGUUGGCCCAAGGACAGAGCCUUGAGGGACCCCACUGGUCACAGUGCACCAUGAUGAUUAACUUCUGUCAAGUGCCACCCUCUAGGUCCAACCUCAGCUCUGUCCUAUCCCAUUUCUGCCCCCAUCCAGAACAAGGGGACAGAUGGACAUGGAGCAGGGGUGCUGAGGCUGCUCCGUCUGAUGGGCAGUGCAUGGUGGCCUGGCACUGUCCUGCAUUUCACUGGGCAAGGCAUGUGAGAACGUGGUCCCGCUGUCGGCCCUGCUGCGGGAGCUCAGCCACAUGGACGCCAGGCGCGGGUGCCGCCAGCUGUGGGUCAGCUCCCGGCUGCGCGGCUUCUGCCACCUGAGCCAGGCUUGGCUGUGGGAGCUGCCGCUAGGGAUGCUGGGCGAGCGGCUGCAUGAGGAGCUGGCGCUGCAGUGGGACCAGCUGCUCUUCGACGAUGCCCCGACUGGGGGUGCGCUGGCCUGGCUGCCCACUGGGGGCAUAGGCGCGUCCCGCGGCUGCUUGCUGCACCCAGCCGGCCCUGCCAUGGAUCAGCUCUGCUUCCAGGACGUGGUGCUGGCUCCAGGGGAGGACGGCGCCCUGCGUCCCUGCGCCCAGGGCAGCCCUGCCCAGUUUAAACUCAGCGGCCGGGUGCGCCAGGUGUCUGCCACGCAGGUGGAUGGGGCAGCCUUUGUGGGUGUCCGCUCGGACUACCACUGUGGGGCCUGGAGGCUGCAGCCUGGCGCCGUGCCCACUCCGCUGCAGGUCGUCCGCACCACCUCGCCAGCCUCCUGCCUCACUGUCAGCCCCCACCUGCCCGGGGAGCUGUCCCUGUGCACCCACAGCGGGGCUGUCUACCUGUGGAGCGUCGAGACCGGGCUGCAGCGCCUCUGCCAGGAGCCGGAGACCAUGUUCUUCCGUGACGCAUCGCCGUGGCGCUGGAGCGAGUUCACAGCCCACCCGCGGGUGCUGAGCUACGCUGACCGCACUGGCGUGCAGUGCCUCGAUGUGCGGGCCCCCACUCAGGCCCGGCGAGAUCUCUUCAAGGUGGGCGCGGAAGCCGGGUGUCAGCGUGGAGAACGCGUGGUGCUGCCCCUGUACCUGGGCCAGGCCCACCCUGCCCAGCAUCUCAUCGCCACGCAGUUCUCGGUGUAUGUGGUGGACGAGCGCUUCCCCCUGGUGCCAGCGCUGCGCUGGGAGCACAUGAUGACGGUCCCCCCCAUCUUUGCACACAUGAUGCCGGGCAGUCCCCGGGGCAGGAGCCACAAGGUGCUGCUGGGCGCCCAGCGCACUCAGGAGCUGAUGCUGCUGCAGUGCACAGGCGGCAGCACAUCAGCCUGUCAGCUUGUGGGGGCCCCACGGAGGCUGCACACCAUUGCUGAUGGCUUGCAGUACCUGCCUGCCAUGACACCCCACCAGCUGGACUGGCUGCACCAGAGGCUGGGCAUGCCCGCUGCAGGGGUGACCGCCACCCUGGGGCGCUGUGGGCCGUUGGAGUCCAUGCUGGUUUUCCAGCUGUCCGAGGCCGGGGACCUCUUCUACCAGACGCUGCUGCACUCGCAGCCAGCAGACAGCUCGCCAGAGAGGGGCCAUGCAGAUGAACCCUCCACGUCCCCAUCCCUGCAGACCCCUGCCCAGGCAGUGCAGCACUUGCCAGGACCAGGCACUUCCUGUGGUUCGGGCACGGAGGGCGAGGAGGAGGACAGGAUGGAGACCUACCUGUCUGGCUUGGAGGUGCUUGUGAACGAGGACUCGGAGGAUGAGGACAGUGGCAGUGCCGGGCAGCCCACAGAUCCCGGGGCCCAGGGGCAAGGCCGAACCAGCCCCAACCAGACCCCUGCCCCCAGCCCUGCCAUUGCUGCCCAGUACCGCCGCUGGCUGGCAACACUGUCCCAUGCCUGGAAGCACCUGGCGGAGCCGGCCAAACCGCGGGUGCCCCUCACCCUGAGCCAGAGGCGGCUCUUCACCCGCAGGGAGCUGGGCCAGGUGCCCGGGGACAGGGUGCUGCACCAGCAGGCUCGCCGGCAGCUGCGCCGCGCCAUGCGGGAGCGUGGUCUGGUUGUGGGCUGUGCCCUGGGCUCGGAGCCCUCACCGCUGCCUUUGCCCUGCCCCGUGGAGCCACAGGCCUGGCCUGAUGACCUGAGCGAGCGGCUCACGGCCUCCUGGGUGGGGGGCUGGAGCAACUGGUGGGAGGAGCAGCAGGGCAGGAGCCAGGCACGGCAGGCACGGGUGCGGGCGCUGCGGGAGCAGAGACGGCGCCGGAAGCGAGCGCGGGGCCUCUGCAGCCUGUCGGGCAGUUUCAGCUCCUCCCUCACCUGCCAGUCUGACCUGUCCGACUUCAGUGAUGUCUCAGCUUGGUCCGUGGGCAGCCGGGCCCCCACGCCUGUCCCAGCCAGCCCCCAGCAUAGCCUUGCGCCCUCCCUGUCAGGGCAGGAUGCUCCUGCAGAGCCCUGGCCAGGCUCCCCGCUGGCCUGCAGCACCCAGCUCUCCCAGGAACCUGGGGGCAGCCAGGACCCAGGGACCCCCUCCCAGCUGCUGUCAUCCCAGAUGCUGCGCUUGCGUGGGGUGCCCAGGGAGCGCAGGAAGACCCUCCGCGACUACCUCUCCAUCUUCACUGAGUCCCCCGUGGAGCCGCCACCUGAGGUGCCCAGCAGCCAGGCUUCCAGGCUGGGGGGAGAUCACCGGGUCCCCCUCUCCCAGAGCCAGGCCUCCAGCCUGGGUGGGGAGCGGCAUGUCCCCCUUUCCCAGAGCCAGGCCUCCAGCCUGGGGGGGGAGCGGCAUGUCCCCCUCUCCCAGAGCCAGGCUUCCAGCCUGGGGGGGGGGCAGCACGUCCCCCUCUCCCAGAGCCAGGCUUCCACGGGUUCCCAGGCCAAGCGCAAGCGUGCCCGCAUGGGCUUCUGAGCAGGCCUGGCGGGGGCGUUCCUGGGGUAGCUGCUCCCGUGCUGCAGUCAAUAAACUGGGAGAGCUGG